UUGGCUCACCUAUCGGAUGGAAACUUAACAACACUUAUCCUCAUGUCAUGCCAACUGCACCUUUUGCAACUCCACCUUCAAUGUCCUUCUCGGAUGCACCAACUGUCGCUAUGGGUGGCCGGAAGUCAAUCUCCUCUUCUGGAAUUCCUACACCGAAAUCUCCAGCACCAGUAACGGCUACAACACUCGAAAUGGGAUCAAUUCCCAGUACAACAGCUAUUGUUGGCAGCAUGAAAGGCCGUUGUCCAAAUAUGGCAGCGGAAGUAGGACGGGAGUCAGCAUUUGGCAAUAGUGCAUUUGACAGGAAGAAAUACAGCAAAGGCCGUUUACAACGGAUGAAUGAAGCUGGUUUACCAGAAGUAGAUGAAGAACAGCCAUUAACAAUGAAAGUACCAGAAGGGGAUGAGAAUGAAGAAAAGGAAGUAGAUGAGGAAGAAGAGGAAGGGGAUGAAAGCAGCAAUACUAGCAUUCAAAAGGGGACAUCACAGCAAGCCAAGCGGAAAGUUACUGACACAAAAGCAACAUCAAAGCAAAGGGAAAGCACCCCGCAGGCUAAGAAACGCGGCGGCG